AUGUAUAAGAAACUGACCGCCUCGACCGCCACCCUCGCCGAUAAGGACCCCCGUGACAUUAGUAACAAUGGCUUCAACCGCUUUGACCCCAAGUAUGUGAGUAUUGGCCCGAAGGCCGUUCGAACCUCAAGCAACCAAACGAUGGUCAAUUUGAACAAGUGUGCCACUCUACGAGCUCACGGCCGAUACGCAAGCGGAGGACGAGGCACUAGUCCAAGUCCCCACCUGAAGAGCGUCCAACAGCCCAUGGUUGCCCAUUCUCAGUUCAACAAACCGCAGACUCAACACACUCAACUGCAAGAUAAACCAGAACGCCAGGCAACGACUCAACCCAAGUUGAACAUCUCAACCGUCUCCAAAGACUACAAUCAAUCGUACUCGUGUGCUACGUUGCCCUACAAGAAGCCCAGUGGAUUCGCCGAUGGACCAACUACGUCCAUCUUGAAAAAGGAGAGUAACCUUGACAGCAAGCAUCAACAUCCGACCGUCUACAGCAUCGACACCUCUCAUCAUCAGCCGGCACCUCAGCCAACUCAACACCACCGGUCUCUAUCUAGCACCAAUCAACUCUACCACGAAACGGGAGCAGGAUCGACUUUCGCUAGCCCACCGCCAUCAUCCGCGUCAACGGCUACCACCAAGAGCAACAUUUCGAUCAUCAACCAACCACUGCCAGAGAUUCCGACCGCGGCUCAGCAAAACAGCAGCAGCCUGAAGAACAAUCAACAGCCGCUCUGUGCCGCCACGCUCAAUCAGUACCGUUCGCUGCAACGACCGAGCAAGCAGAGCUCGCUCAGCGUCAAAGAAGUAACACCACCGAUGCUGCCGCCGAAGAACCGCCACAAAGACGAAUCCCUGUACCAAUCCCGGACCUCGUCGGUCUCCUCCAGCACCGGCAGACCUCAACAACCAUUACCUCAACCUCCCUCGCACCAGUCGUCUUCAUCGUCUCUGCAGUCCUACGGUCACGUCGUCAGUGCCAGCGGCAAGACUAACUUCAACGCCAUUCAGCUCCAAUUGCAGAACCAGCUGCACUUCAAGCAGUACCAUCAACUGACCCAACAACCCUGGCAGCGGGAACAGCUCUCCAUGCAGCAGCAACAUGCGGCAGCAAGCGGCUAUCAGACGCACGACUCCCGGUACGAACAGAAGUCCAACCGCAAUCGAUCCAACAAGAACCCGAACGUGUACUACCGAUCGCUGCAGCGCGGAGGACUACAGGCCAACAAUGAUCUCUACUCGGUGACGGAAUUGUGA